GAGGCGCAUUUUGCAGCAUUUACUAGUAAGCAUUCACGUCGUGCAGAAGAAAGAUACGAUUUUUCAAUUUAGCGCGCGCUUAACUGGAAGAAAAAGCCUAAAGCGGGCAGUUAAUACAACUUAAAAAAAAUAAGCGUGUAAAAAAUAAAAUAUACUCAACAAACUCGAAAAUAAAUAGCAAUUGCUAAGUAAAUAAACAUAUCUGGAUACGUAUUCAUAUUGAUGUGAAAAUCACAAAGGAAAAAGGAGAAAUAAAAACCGUUCGAAUAUUGUGUAUAGAGAAAACCAAAAGCGGAGCAGGAAGUAAAUCAAAAGCUGUGUGAAAUAACAUAUCAGAAGGAUACAGCGUUAAGCAAUAACUUGAGCAAUACACAAGAACGCCGGAUAAGUUGCAGAGACAAAAAAGACAAUAGCAGCAGGUUUAGCAACAACUAGUCAGUUAAGGAUCUCGAGGCGCUGCUAAGUAUUUUUAAAGCAAUCGCUUAAGUGAAUACGUGGUGAUUAAGGUUUUCAAUUUGUUUUAAACGCGAAAUAAGUUGUAGAAAGAAAGUACUAAAAAAGGUAGUAGGAAAAAAGUAGUAGAAAAAAGUACUAAAAAAUCUAAAAGAAGAAAUUCGAUUUGGGAAAAACCUCAAAACGCGGCAAAGAUAUAAGGGCUACUACGUAGUAUUUUAAAGUAUUGUAUGUACAUAAGCAAAUUACCUAUCAACGGCAAGGACAAAAAGCAAUAAAAAAGCAACACAAAAACAAAAAUUUAAAAUAAAACACAACUAUAGGAUACAACGUCAAUGUCAUGGUACUACAGAGCAUGCGUCAAAAUUAUUCAUUGCCAAAGUGUGGGUGUUAAGGAUACAAAAUAACGUGAGAACAGGCGCAACGCUCGUUAAACGUAAGCAUAUCUACAGUGAAAAAGCGCGCUCGAAAAUAAUUCGAAGCCGAAAAUAGAAUAACCGAGUAGCAAAACAUUAAGCAUCGGCGUGCCGGACAUUAGAAAUUCCAAUUGGUGGAUGAAGCUGCAGUUAACAGUUAGACGAAAAACGUCAAUCAGCGGCAGCAGAAGUGCAUUACUUGAGCUGAGCUGAGCUGGGCUGUGUGGUUAGCCAACAUUACACAACAACUUAGAAAGGCAUUGACAAUAACAUACGAAGGGCAUACAUACAAUUGAAGUGCAAGCAAAGUGGAACUAAACAAAUAAAAACAAGCACAAAACAGAAAAAAGAAAAGAGAAGCUAAAGUAACACUAACAAGACACUUGUGAAAAUCAGAGUGCGAAAAGAAAUUUCACACGGAGCGAAGACUCAUCAUUUAAAUAGCAAAAACUGCCAAUAAAUAUUUUUUUUUUUAAAUCAUUCCUCAACUUGAAAAAGAAGUGCAUUUCGCAGCUCAAAUUCAUAAAUAUUCAAUAAACAAUAAAAAAAAAACGCAUUUACAUAACCGAAAUUCACUCGUUUUGACUACAAGCCAACACAUACUACCUUCUGGCACACAUACAUAUCUACUACUCGUCACCUUUAUUCCGCUAAACUAAAAACCAGCAGCGUAUUAAAUAAUUCUAAGUGCUCGAGGAAAAACAAAGUUCAAACAGUGCAAGCGUCCAAUCGCUAGCAACAUGUCAACAGUAUCUACAGAUAAUGCGUCCACUAAGGUGGACGGAAAGGAGGAGAGCGCCCACCUGCUGGAGGCAGCUGUCAACGGCGAGAGAUAUGGCUCGAAUAAAGCGGAUCAAGAAAACCUACUCGGCAGCAGCAUGGUUCACGGUACGAGUGAGAGCAACUCAAAGACCCUACCACAAUAUGUGGCGGCUUUGUCAGCUGCUGGUGGCGCAUUUGCCGCUGGUACACUGCUCGGUUGGACAUCACCCGCCGAAGUAAAGAUCAAUAACGGCGCUUAUGAUUUUGAGGUGUCGAAAAGCGAAUUCUCAUGGGUUGGCUCAGCCAUGACAUUGGGUGCGGCGUUCGUUUGCAUACCAACUGGUAUACUCAUCAAUUUGGUGGGACGUAAGCUGGCAAUGUUGUUGCUGGUGCUACCCUUCACUCUAGGUUGGGGUUUGCUAAUUUGGGCGCAAAAUGUGCCCAUGAUGUUUGUCGCUCGUUUCCUGCUGGGUAUUGCAGGUGGUGCAUUCUGUGUAGCCGCACCUAUGUAUACGGGUGAGAUAGGUAACAAAGGACCGCGUAACGAUGCCAAGCAACAAUGGCAACAGGUCUCAGUCGUGUGGAUAAAUAGUUUAGCAUGCAGUUGGCAAGCAAUUCCAAAAGACGAAAUUCGUAUCAUGAAAUUCAAAUUUAUUGUUGUAAAGCCCAUUGUUCCAUCGUCUCCGGUAAUCUCCGCCACAAAGGAAUAA